UUGCAUACUCGUCAUCAGCAUUUGCUUUCAGUGAAAAUUUGUUCGUUCAUUUCAUUUUACACUUGCCAGUCGAGACGAAGGGUUUGGUUUCUUUGGGAAUUGGUCAUUUUAUUCGACGGGAACGUGAUAUAUUUCAAGUUAGCAACUAAAUAAUCACAAACAGAUAAAAAACAUGAAGCUCUUAAUCUGUGCGCUACUUUCGGUGGCCGUUGCUGCAACGGGUGCUUUUGCCGAAGAAGAAGUGAAAGUCGAAGAUGGAGUACUUGUGCUGACCAACAGUAAUUUCCAGGAAGUUAUAAAGAAACACCCAUUCCUGUUGGUGGAGUUCUACGCUCCAUGGUGCGGCCACUGUAAAGCGCUGGCUCCCGAAUACGCUAAAGCCGCUCAGCACUUAGAAGAACAGAAAUCGGAAAUCAAAUUGGCCAAGGUCGACGCUACUGUGGAGAGCGAAUUGGCUGAGGAAUACCAAGUGCGUGGUUAUCCCACACUGAAGUUCUUCCGUAACGGCGUCCCCGUCGAUUACAGUGGUGGCCGUCAAUCAGAUGACAUUAUUUCAUGGGUUACCAAGAAGACUGGUCCACCGGCCAAGGAACUGAAUACCGUCGAAGAAGCUGAGGAAUUGCUGAAAGACGAUAAAAUCGUCGUUGUCGGCUUUUUCAAGAACCAAGAUUCCGACGAAGCUAAGGCUUUCAUUGCUGUCGCCAACGCUUUGGACAGUUUCGAGUUUGCUAUCAGCAGCAACGAUGAAGUUGUUGCCAAAUAUGAAGUUAAAGACGGCAGUGUUGUACUCUUCAAGCCAUUCGAUGAUAAGAAAUCGGUAUUCGAAGGCGAAGCCAACGUUGACAAUAUCAAAAAAUUCGUGCAAGUGCAAUCUCUGCCAUUGAUUGUGGAAUUCAACCAUGAUUCGGCUGCCAAGAUCUUCGGUGGAUCCAUUAAAUCGCAUCUGUUGUUCUUCGUCUCAAAAGAAGCAGGACAUAUUGAGAAAUAUGUCGAUCCUUUAAAAGAGAUUGCCAAGGAAUACCGCGAAGACAUACUGUUCGUUACCAUCUCUUCGGAUGAGGAAGAGCACCAACGUAUCUUCGAGUUCUUCGGCAUGGCAAAGGAUGAAGUACCAACUAUCCGUUUGAUUCGCUUAGAAGAAGAUAUGGCCAAAUACAAGCCAGAAUCGAAUGACUUAUCUGCUAGUACCAUCAAGAGCUUUUUGCAAAAGUUCAUGGAUGGCAAAUUGAAGCAACACCUGUUGUCACAAGAGUUGCCCGAGGAUUGGGAUAAGAACCCUGUUAAAGUGCUGGUUGCUACCAAUUUUGAUGACAUUGCUUUUGACAAGAGCAAAAAUGUUCUGGUUGAAUUCUAUGCGCCUUGGUGUGGACACUGCAAGCAAUUGGUUCCCAUCUACGAUCAAUUGGGUGAGAAGUUCAAGGACAAUGAGAACAUUGUGGUUGCUAAAAUCGAUGCCACAGCCAAUGAGUUGGAGCACACUAAAAUCUCGUCAUUCCCCACCAUUAAAUUGUACCGCAAGGGCGAUAACAAAGUCAUUGACUACAAUUUGGACAGAACUUUUGAUGAUUUCGUGAAGUUCCUGGAAGCAGGCGGUGAUGUGUCACAGGGCGGCGAGUCAGAAGAGGAGGUUACAGAGAAACCCGAGGAACACCCGAAGGAUGAAUUGUAAACUUUUACAAUAACUUAAACUUAAAAUUAUAGGAUCAGCAGCAAUCAGCAGCAGCAUCAGGAUAACAUUUACAUUACCACCAUUAAUACAGAACAUGUUAAUAGAUAUUUUACAAAAUCAAAAAAAUAUGCAACGGAACAUUCUUACUUUUGUGCAAAAGCAUUUCCUUCCGGUCUGCUGCGCCAUUGUAAUUUUUUAAUAGACUUAACAAUUCCGUUUAAAUAUGCUCUCUUACCAAUCAACAGCAAAAAUUGUAACUAUUUGUAACAGAAGAGGGGCAACGUCAGCAGAUCUUUAUUUUUUUAGUAAUUACAAUAAAUAUUUGUUUGUAUUACGUUUUAAGUAACUUCAACAAAACAAAUAUUAAAAAAAAAUCUGUAUUUGCUAUUAUUUUUUAUAAUUAUGGUAAUAUCUCUUGUGAAUGAAGUUAGUACUUUUUUAUAAAAGGAAAAACAGUUACACAAUUGCACAUGUUGUAUGUAUAAGGAAUGAGUGCCCAUGGUGUAAGUUGGGGCUAUAUAAGUUCGAAAGGCGUUGAAAGGUCAAUUCACACCAAGAUCAAAUAAAGGAUUUAAAAUUUUAAAAUUAUUUCUUAAGAACCUAUUAGCGCUUCCACGAUUUACUACCAUAUGGGUGUGAAAGCAAAAAUGUCACCUAAUUUGCCAAUAAAAUAAAUAUAUGUUUAUGUAGAAAUGAA